UAACAGUGAAUUAUUGUAUGCGUAUUUAACAAAUUUAAACAACAAGUAAAUUUUUUUUAGAAUAUUAGAUUCAUACAUCAGUAGUGAAAUCUGGUUGUAGUCCUUCAAGGUACUUAAUUUUUAACAGAUUUAUUCAGUAAUUAUUUGUAAACAAUUCUGUGUUAAGAGUUGUGAAUUGAACACAUUGUCAUUACAGAACAGGACAGGACAUAAGGCUAAAAUGAAUCCAGAACAUCCUUUAGAAUUUCCUUUGAAAAGUGAAACUGAAGGUGUAUUAUCACUACCUUCCAUAAAUCAAGAAAAUAGCAACUUGGCUGCCUUUAGUGGAACCAGUGAUGGAGACUUUUUGUCUCUGGAUUCAUUGAUGGACAUCAAAAUAGAGCCAGAGGAAUUCUGUGAGUCUAAUGAAGAUGAUGAAUAUUCAUAUGAAAUGAAUUCAAUAGUGAAUGAAAAACAUCCACAAACUUGUAAAAAGGAAGUAAAACAAGAAAGAAGGAUCUGUGACAAUGGAGAGAAGCCUUUCAUAUCCACUGACUGUGAGAAAACAUUUUACAAGAAAAUUAAUCUUACAAAUGAUAUCACAAAUCCUACCAGAGAGAAAUUCAUAUGCAAUGAUUGUGGGAAAGCAUUUUCCUUGAAACGUAUUCUUAGAGCUCAUAUGAGAAUCCAUACGGGAGAGAGGCCAUUCCUGUGCAAGGAAUGUGGGAAAGCAUUUCUCAGGAAAGUUAGUCUUACAAUCCAUAUGAGAAUCCACACUGGAGAGAAGCCAUUCAUUUGCAAAGAAUGUGGGAAAGCAUUUUCCUGCAAACAAAGUCUUACACUUCAUAUGAGAAUCCACACCGGAGAGAAGCCAUAUAUGUGCAAGGAAUGUGAUAAAGCAUUUUCCCAGAAAUCAAGUCUUACAGUACAUAUGAAAUUGCAUACAAGAGAGAAGCAAUUCAUGUGCAAGGAAUGUGGGAAAGCAUAUUCCCACAAACCAUAUCUUACAAAUCAUAUGAGAAUCCAUACCGGAGAGAAGCCAUUCAUCUGCAAGGAAUGUGGGGAAGCAUUUUCCCGUAGACCAUAUCUUACAAGUCAUAUGAGAAUCCAUACCGGAGAGAAGCCAUUCAUCUGCAAGGAAUGUGGGGAAGCAUUUUCCCACAAACCAUAUCUUACAAGUCAUAUGAGAACCCACACUGGAGAGAAUCCAUUUAUGUGCAAGGAAUGUGGGGAAGCAUUUUCCAACAAACCAUAUCUUACAAGUCAUAUGAGAAUCCACACUGGAGAGAAGCAGUUCAUGUGUAAGGAAUGUGGGAAAGCAUUUUCCCAGAAAUCAAGUCUUACAGUUCAUAUGAGGGGGCAUACCGGAGAGAAGCCAUAUAUGUGCAAGGAAUGUGAUAAAGCAUUUUCCCAGAAAUCAAGUCUUACAGAACAUAUGAAAUUGCAUACUGGAGAGAAGCAAUUCAUGUGCGAGGAAUGUGGGAAAGCAUUUUCCCGCAAAUCACAUCUUACAAGUCAUAUGACAAUCCAUACUGGAGAGAAGCCAUUCAUCUGCAAGGAAUGUGGGAAAGCAUUUUCCCACAAACCAUAUCUUACAAGUCAUAUGAGAGUCCAUACCGGAGAGAAGCCAUUCAUCUGCAAGGAAUGUGGGGAAGCAUUUUCCCACAAACCAUAUCUUACAAGUCAUAUGAGAAUCCACACUGGAGAGAAUCCAUUCAUGUGCAAGGAAUGUGGGAAGGCAUUUUCCCGCACAUCAUAUCUUACAAGUCAUAUGAAAAUCAUCCACACUGAAGAGAAGCAGUUCAUGUGCAAGGAAUGUGGGAAAACAUUUUCUUGGAAAUCAAGUCUUACAAGUCAUAUGAAGUUGCAUACCGGAGAGAAGCCAUAUAUGUGCAAGGAAUGUGGGAAAGCAUUUUCCAAGAAAUCAAAUCUUACAGUUCAUAUAAGGUUGCAUACCGGACAGAAGCCAUAUAUGUGCCUGGAAUGUGGGAAAUCAUUUUCAUGGAAACCAGAUCUUACAAUUCAUAUGAGGUUGCAUACUGGAGAGAAGCCAUAUAUGUGCAAGGAAUGUGGGAAAGCAUUUUCCCGCAAACUAAGUCUUACACUUCAUAUAAGAGCACAUACUGGAGAGAAGCAAUUCAUUUGCAAGGAAUGUGGGAAAGCAUUUUCCCAGAAAUCAAAUCUUACAACUCAUAUCAGGUUGCAUACUAGAGAGGAAGAAGAAACAACAUGAUAAAAUAAACCAGUUAAGGGCAGAGAUCUCUCAAAUGACCAAUUAUAUGAGAGAUCAAAAUCACUCACAAAAUCUGCUGAAGAAAAUAUGGAAGAUAAAGAAAAAAUACAGAAUAGGGGAUGAACAAAUGAGUGGAAAAUCUGCAGAACACUAUGCCAAUAUAAAGGCCCUAGCUUCACAAAUAGGAAACAAACAACAGGAGACAAAAGUAAUACAGAUAAAUGGGCAGUUUUGUGAAAAUCCAAAGAUUGUGUAUAAGAAGAUUACGAAAGAAACAGUGGAGGUACGAACACCACCGAGCAAGGAAAACCUAGAGAGAUUUUGGAAGCCACUGUUUGAAGACCCUAGACAACAAAACCAAGGGAAUUCAUGAAUUGACACAAUUAGGCAGAAGAACAGCAAGAAACAGCAAAUGCCACCAGUAAAAUUCACCAUAGAAAAAGUAACAAAGAACACCUAGAUCAAGGGAAAUAUAUGGAAAAAGAACAAAAGGGAUGUAUAAGAAAAAAACUAGGCACUAAAGAUCAAUUGCUAAUAAACAAAACAAUAUUAGAAGAUUGUAAGACAAGGCAAAUGUAGAAGAUUGUAAGAAAAGACAAAUGAAUCUUAAUGUGGCUUGGAAAGAUUACAAGAAGGCAUUUGACACCGUGCCGUGCACCUGGAUAUUCAGAUGUAUGGAAUUAGACAUCAAUGAGGAAAUAAGAUCUUUCUUGACAGCACAGAUGAGUAAGUGGAAGACCACCCUCUGUCUAAAACACUCUGAGGGCCAGAUAGUAAUUCCAGACAUAAAAAUCCAAAGAGGAAUAUUCCAGGGUUACAGCCUCUCACCACUUCUCUUCUGCUUGACCAUAGAUCCGCCUAGUAAAAUCCUUAACAUUAACACUGGCUAUGACCUAAGCAAGAGCAGAAGCAGAAAAGAGAAUAAAAGACUGAACCACCUGCUCUUGAUGGAUGACCUGAAGUUGUUUGCAGACUCAGAAGAAAAAUUGGAAGAACAAGUUAGGACAGUCCACCAAUUCUCAAAUGACACCUGCAUGGAAUUUGGGUUGGACAAGUGUGCCAAGAGUACAAAAGGAAGAGAGUAACACCAGAGGGCAUAAAGAUAGAGGAAGGCAUGUUUGUUGAAGACCAGGCGGAGCAGUCUGCACAUAAGUACUUGGGAAUAGAAGAAAACACUAGUAUAGAACACAAGAAAGUGAGAGAAAAGAUAAACAAAGAAUACAUCAGCCACUUAAAGAAUUAACACCAAAGAACAAGAUCACUGCCAUAAACCAGCUUGCGAUACCAUUGGUGAAAUAUGGUUUUGGCACUGUAGACUGGCCACAAGGUGAGUUAGACAGGAUAUUAAAACCACUAAGAUUCUCACCCUGCAUAACGUGACAUACAGACACCAGUGUAUGGACAGAAUAUAUAUCCCACGCAGAGAAGGUGGAUUAGGCCUGACUGAGAUUAACCAGGCCUACAGAGCACCAAUAGUAAGUAUAGGGCAGUACUUGAAAAGCUCUGAGGACGAAAACAUCAAAAAGGUUGCCAUACACCAUAAUGGAGCCCUGAGCCAACUUACAUAAGUAACAAAACUGGCCAAGAACUUUGCAGGAGAUCUGAUAGAAGACACAGAGGGUGCUGAACAGACUCCACCAACAACAAUAGCUAGGAAGACCAGGCAGAAAUACAGUCACAGAGAGGAGAGACUUCGAAUGGAAAGGUGGAAAGACAAUGGAAGAGCAGGAAGAUUUUAAGAAUUGGUAAAAAGUUUCAUAGACAACAAAGAGUCACUCGGAUAAGAAAUGGAGAUCUAGGUUAUGAUGGCGAGAGACUGAUAAUAGGAGCCCAAGACCAAGGCCUCCUGACAAAUGGCUUCAAGAAAAUGCCAGGCAUAUCAGCAAAUCACCAGUGUAGGUUUUGUCAUGCAGUGGUUGAGAAUGUUAGUCAUCUGAUAUCAGCAUGCAAGACCCUGCUUGCAGAUGGUCACUACACAGCCCACCACAACAAGAUCUGUAAAUAUAUAUUGGAAAAUAUGUAAAGAAUACAGAAUUGAAGUGAAAGAAAAAGUGUGGGAGCAUGAACCAGAUCCAAUCACCUCCAAUAGGGCUGUUAUCAUCUUUUAUGACAAGGAAUUUCCAACCGGAAGAUAUAUAGAAGGUGGUGCUACGAGACCUGAUAUUGUGAUCUGGAACAAGGAGGAAUAAACAGCAAAGAUUAUAGAUGUGACAGUACCCAGUGACUUUGGCCUCAAUAGAGCUGAAAGGCACAAAAUAACAAAAUAUGAAGACCUGAAGAAUGACCUGAAAAGCACAUGGGAACUGUAGGAAAUAGAAAAAAAAAUACCUUUGGUGGUAGGAGCAACAAGACUUAUAAAGAAAAAUCUGAGAAAAUAUCUUGAGGGUACAUGAAGUUGCCCACUAUAAAUGAAGUACAGAUUGCUGCCCUCAAAGCAAUGGUAAACACCAAGAAACGAGCCCUUAGGUAUAAGUGUAGUGGAAUAUAGAGGUGCAACCAUAGACCCCAGGAUGAGGCCCAUUGCACCUCUGAUAUAAACUGAAAAUUAAGGAUAACAUAAGCCAGAGAGAAACAACAUAGUUGCUCUAUAUGUCAAAGAAGUUUUUCUCAACCAAGCCCUCUCAAAAGACACGAGAAUUCACACUAGACAGAAACUGUUUACUUGAUCUCUGUCCAAGUAGUUUUUAUUACAUGAUUUUAUUUAACUUUACUCCUGCAUCUGUUUUGAAUGAAGUUGUCUCAAAAGGUGUGUGAAAACUCAUGCUAGAAAGAAGUCAUAUCCUGUAUCUGCACUUGGUUUCCAAGAGUUCUUUUUUCAUUAGGUUUUUUCAUUGGGUUCAUCUUAGAAUGAAUGUGUUAACUCAAAAGAAAGACGAUGUUGAAACAGUUUUUCUCUUGUAGAUUCAUAACAUAUGUGAGCACUCAUGGAGGAUAGAUAUUGUUCUUUUACACUGCAUGUUGUACUUUUGUCUUGUAUUCUGCAAAUCACAGUCAUUGGUUCUGAAUGCUAGACUGUUUUUCAGGUGUCAAAAUGCACAAGCAGUCACUCAUCAGAGAGGAUGUUCAGUUGCACUGACAGAUUUGUUACUGUUUUGCACCCCAAAAAGAGAAGGAGGGUCUCACUGAAAAUGCAUAUGAAGGCUCUUCAUUUGCAGUGUCUUUAUAGAAGUCAAGGCUGAGCCAAAGCAUUUUGGCCAGAGUGAAUUUGAUGCAAAAUGUUUGUGUAACUUUUAUGCAAAGGUAAAGUAAAUGACUUUUAGUUUUUUUAUUACAAUUGUUCUCAAUGAACACUACAGUGCAAGGUUAAGAAACUUUCCUUUGCCCUCUCCACGUUUCUUGUUCCUGUGUAUUUUUUGUAUGAUUUCCAAAUAAAGAAUUAAUAAUGUC